AUGGUUCCCCAGGUUAAAUAUGCGUUUAAAGCGAUGACACUGGGACAGGCAGAGAAAUAUCAAACUCGAGUCGGCGUCAUUUCUUAUGGAAAUAAUAUCACAGAAUUCGCUCGAUUGACCACUUUUUCAUCUUUUGAUCAAUUCUAUCAACAAAACGUUCCAUGGAGUGGAGCUGAGUGUUCCGAUCUAAAAGGAGCCAUCGACCUAGCGAGAGACGGCUUUGAGCGUGAUCACAAGGUUAACCGCAAGAAGUUGUUGAUCAUUGCAUCGGGAGGUUAUAGACAAGGCUCUUAUGAAAAUCCGAAAUCCUCAGCCGAUACGUUCAAAACGAAUCAGGGAACGAUCAUGGUUUUGACCUUUGAGGCUGGAGUGGCCUCGAAUGAUCUCCGACAAUUGGCCUCUCCGAGCUAUUUCCUCGAUGCGUCGAACGGGAUUCAACCCGAUAAAAUCUACAAUAUGUUUUGUCAAGCUAAUUGUUUUUGUCCUUGCAUUUCAAAUUGUUCAUCGGAGGCCGAUCGAUGGAUUGCGUCGGGCGGAGAUCCGAAUAAUGGAUGUUAUUUGUACCCAACGACGGGCGGGAUUCAAUACCUCGCCGAGGUGAUGUGCUCUAAGAAUAGCGGCACUCUCGCUAUGCCCAAAAACUCUGGAGAUUGCCUUUCUGUGUUGAAUGCUGAUAAGACAAAUGGAAUUUGGAUCGGAUUGCAGAAUAAGGGAAAUGUACUACAACCCGAUUGGAGAUGGCUUGACGGAACGGCGGCGACUCCCGACAUCACAUCACAAUUAAACGCCGCAAAUGGGAAUUGCACCGUUUUGGCGAGUACAAAUGGCUUCGCCUACGCCUACAGUGCCACCGAUUGCAACAAUUACAAGUGUUGGUCUUGCUACAUUGCGCCCUGUUCGUCGACUAAUUAUUGUGGA